CCGGGAUUGGCUGCCAAGGCCUGGCCGGCGGUGCUUAGUGAUGCUGAGGCUGGACCACAGUGGACGGCCGCUUUGCCUUCUUCUCCUGCAUCCCUCGCCAGGAAGAGCAUCCUUUGGGCCCCGGAGAGGAAGAUUCGAUAACCUGUUGCAGCCUCAGGAUCCCAUGAAGUUCCUGUGUGUGGAUUUGUGACAGGAUCUGCUCCUUGGCAGCUGCGGCAAGAUGGCAAACGUGGCUCCAGCUAAACUGGACAACAUGGAAGUCCAGCAGCAGCAGCAACAGCAGCAGCAGCAACAACAACAACAGAAUAACAACACUCGGUGGGAAAAUGCUGAACACCACCAUCACCACCGGCCCUGGGAUGAGACCACUGCCACUGCCAAACUUUUUGAAUGCUCCCGGAUCAAAGCAUUAGCUGAUGAGCGAGAUGCUGUGCAGAAGAAGACCUUCACCAAGUGGGUCAACUCUCACCUGAGCCAAGUCUCCUGCCGGAUCAAUGACCUCUACACGGAUCUGCGAGAUGGAUACAUGCUGACCAAGCUGCUGGAAGUCUUGUCUGGGGAGCAGUUGCCGAAGCCGACACGUGGCCGGAUGCGGAUCCACUCCUUGGAAAAUGUGGACAAGGCGCUGCAGUUCCUGAAGGAGCAGCGAGUCCACUUGGAGAACGUGGGCUCACAUGACAUUGUCGACGGCAACCAUCGCCUGACGCUGGGCCUGAUCUGGACCAUCAUCUUGAGGUUCCAGAUCCAGGUGAUCAAAAUUGAAACUGAGGACAACCGAGAGACCCGCUCAGCCAAGGAUGCCCUGCUGCUCUGGUGCCAAAUGAAGACAGCAGGGUACCCUGAAGUGAAUAUUCAAAACUUCACUACCAGCUGGCGGGACGGGCUGGCUUUCAAUGCCCUCAUCCACAAGCACAGACCGGACAUCAUCGAUUUCAAGAAGCUGACCAAAUCCAAUGCUGCCUAUAACCUCCAGCAGGCCUUCAACACAGCAGAGCAGCAGCUGGGUCUUGCCAAACUGUUGGAUCCAGAAGAUGUAAACAUGGAGCAUCCUGAUGAGAAGUCCAUCAUUACAUACGUUGUCUCUUACUACCAUUACUUCUCCAAGAUGAAGGCCCUGGCGGUAGAAGGGAAGCGGAUUGGAAAGGUGCUAGAUCAGGUUCUGGAGAUUGAGAAGAUCAUUGAGCGCUAUGAGUCUCUGGCUAGUGAACUGCUGGAGUGGAUUGAGCUCACCAUCACCAUCAUCAGCAACCAGAAGUUUGCCAACUCCUUGGCUGGGGUCCAACAGCAGUUGCAAGCCUUCACUGCCUUCUGCACACUGGAGAAACCUGUGAAGUUUCAGGAAAAAGGGAAUCUGGAAGUCUUGUUGUUCUCCAUCCAGAGCAAGCUUCGAGCUAACAACCGCAAACUCUAUGUCCCCAAAGAAGGAAGGAGCAUCUCUGACAUCAAUAAGGCCUGGACCAGGCUGGAGAAGGCUGAACAUGAGCGGGAGGUGGCCCUCCGCAAUGAGCUGAUCCGGCAAGAGAAGCUGGAGCUGCUGGCUCAGCGCUUUGACCACAAGGCUGUCAUGCGGGAGACCUGGCUGAACGAGAACCAGCGGCUAGUCUCCCAGGACAACUUUGGCUAUGACCUCCCCGCAGUGGAGGCUGCCAUGAAGAAGCAUGAGGCGAUUGAGGCAGACAUCUCCUCCUACCAGGAGCGCAUCCAGGUGGUGGUGGAGCUGGCCCAGGAGAUGGAGUCUGAGGGCUACUAUGACAGUAAGCGGAUCAAUGCCCAGAAGGAUAACGUCCUACGCCAGUGGGGCCUCUUGACGGAGCUGGUCAGUGCCCGGCGAGCUCGGCUGGAGCAGAAUUUGGCCCUUCAGAAGAUCUUCCAGGAGAUGGUCUACAUGAUUGACUGGAUGGAUGAAAUGCAGGCCCAGCUGGCCUCCAAGGACUUUGGAAAGCACCUUCUGGAAGUGGAGGACUUGCUACAGAAGCACAGCCUCCUAGAGGCUGAUAUCUCUGCACAGAGUGACCGUGUGAAGGCCCUCAAUGCUGCAGCCCUCAAAUUCUCAGAGCUAGAAGGUUACCAGCCUUGUGACCCCCAGAUCAUCUGCAACCGGGUGAACCAUGUCCAGAGCUGCCUGGAGCAGCUGCAGGAACUAGCAGCCAAGCGGCGGAAGGAGCUGGAGGCCUCCCGCCAGUUGUGGUCCUUUUUCCAAGAGAUGGAAGAGGCAGAAGCCUGGGCACGGGAGAAAGAGAGCAUCCUUUCCUCCUCGCAGGGUUACGGCAAGGACCUGAACAGUGUGGCCAAGCUACUGAGCAAGCACAACAUCCUCCUGGGUGAGCUGGGCGGUCGGCGUUCCUUGCUGCAAACGGCAAUGAGGCGAGGGGAACAGAUCCUGCUGCGGAAACGCUUUGGUCCAGGCAACAUCCAGGAGAAGAUCCGGGAAGUACGCCUGCGCUGGAAGAAGCUGGAGGAGCUGGCAGCGUCCCAUCUCCAGAAGCUGCAGGAGGCCUUGAGCUUCCACCAGUUCAGCACUGACACAGAGGACCUGGUGGUCUGGCUGCAGGACACUUAUCGCCUGGUAUCUAGCGAUGACUUUGGCCAUGAUGAAUAUUCCACCCAGUCGCUGGUCAAGAAACACAAGGGUGUGGUGGAAGAGAUUGAUAAGCACCGGGCAGCUGUCCUGACUCUGCGCAAGCACCUGGCUUCCCUGGCCCCUGAAUACCAUGAACUGGUGGACGUGCAGAUCCGUAUCGUGGAGGUGGAGCAGCUGUAUGGGGAAGUGGUUGAAGUGGCUGUGCUGCGACGCCAGUGGCUUCAAGAUGCCCUGGCUGUCUACCACAUGUUCAGUGAGGUCAACGCCUGUGAAGUCUGGAUUGAUGAAAAAGAGCAGUGGCUCAACCGGAUGGAUGUGCCCCAGAAACUGGAGGAUGUUGAGGUAGUGCAGCACCGGUUUGAAAGCCUUGACCAAGAGAUGAACAGCCUGAUGGGUAGGAUCCUGGAUGUCAACCAGAUUGUGCAGCAGCUGGUCGAUGGGGGCCACCCAAGUUCCUCUGAGGUCCGGGCCUGCCAGGACCACCUAAACAGCAGGUGGAACCGAGUGGUUGAACUAGUAGAGCAGAAGAAGGAUAAUCUCAACUCGAUCCUAAAGAUCCAGAACUACCUGCUGGAGUGCAAUGAGAUCAAGUCCCAAAUCCAGGAGAAGCGCAAGGCCAUUGAGUCCACCCAGUACAACAGUGGCGACUUGGGUAGUGUCCUCUCCCUCCAGCGACGUCUCUCCACUAUGGAAGCUGCCUUGGUGGUCUUGGAGCCCCGGCUGAUUGAGCUGCAACAGGAGGGGGAACUGCUGGCCAACACUCACCCAGGACAGGCCAUGGAGAUCCUGCUGCAGUUUGAGGAGAUCAGCGAGGAGUGGGAAGCCUUGAAGAGGACCCUGCAGGGAUGCGAAGACUCUCUCACUGUGGCCAGCAGGUUGCAGCAGUUCAUCCAGGAUCUGGACAGUUUUCUGACUUGGCUGGUGAAGACCCAGGCAGCUGUGGCCUCAGAGGAGCUGCCGGGGAACUUAUCCGAGGCCGAGCGGCUGCUGAACCAUCAUGCUUUGCUCAAGGAGGAGAUCAACCGCUAUGAAGAGGACUACACUAAGAUCCAGGCAGUCAAUGAUGUGCUGGCACUGGAGGAAGCUGAGCUCCCCUACCUCUCACUCCAGCAAUGGCUGCAGAAGCUCGAUGUGGGCUGGAACAAGCUACUGGAGAUGUGGGAGAACCGGCGAGAAGUCUUGGUCCAGGCUCAUAUCUUCUUCCUCUUCCUGCGAGAUGCCAAACAGGCUGAGGUCUGCCUGUACAACCAGGAAGCCACCUUGGCCCAUGCUGAGCUGCCCACAACCGUCGAAGCGGCGGAGAAGGCUAUCAAGAGGCACAAGGACUUCAUGACAACCAUGGAGCUCAACCUGCAGAAGACUACCACGGCUCUCAAGGCUGGCGAGAGCCUGAUCCGGCAAGGCAACAUCUAUGGUGAUCGGGUGAAGGACAAAAUGGAAGCCCUACAGGCAAGGAGCCAACAAAAUGUACAGCUGGCCCAAGUGUGGAUGCAGCAUCUCAAUGACCACCUGGAGCUGCAGCGCUUCCUGCAGAACUGCCAUGAGCUCGAUGGCUGGGUGGCCGAGAAAGAGGCUCUGAUGGCCGGCGAGGGGACCCGCGACAAGGACGCCUCUUCUUGGAAGCAGCAUCCCCAGCAUCAGCAUCCUUCGCAGCACCAACCUUUGCAGCCUUUGCAGCAUCCCUCGCGGGCUCCCAAGCGAUGGCUCCGGCACCGAGCCUUCAUGGCCGAACUGGCCCAGAAUAAGGAGUGGCUCCGCAAGAUCGAGAAGGAGGGUCAGCAAUUGAUUGAAGAGAAGCCGGAGCUUGCAGAAACGGUCCAGAAGAAGCUGGGUGAGAUCCGACAGUGCUGGGCAGAGCUGGAGUCCACUACGCAAGCCAAAGCACGCCAGCUUCUGGAAGCCACCAAGGCUGACCAGCUAGUGCAGAGCUACACAGACCUGGACAAGCGGCUGCUCUGCAUGGAGAGCCAGCUGCAGACGGUGGAUGCCGGGCCAGACUUGGCCACUGUCAACAGCAGCCUCAAGAAGCUCCAGAGUAUGGAGUCACAAGUGGAAGAGUGGUACAAAGAAGUGGGGGACCUGCAGGCCCAGGUGGCUGUUCUUCCCCUGGAAGCUGCCAGCAAGGAGAUGGUAGAUGAGAGGCAGAACACAGUUGGGACACGCAUCGUCCGCCUCAUCGAGCCCCUCAAGGAGCGCCGGAGAAUCCUGUUGGCCUCCAAGGAGGUGCACCAAGUUAGCCAUGACCUGGAAGAUGAGAUUCUCUGGGUGCAGGACCGUCUGCCACUAGCCAUGCUGAAGGACCAUGGGAGCAACCUACAAACAGUCCAACAGUUCAUCAAAAAGAACCAGAACUUGCGUCGAGAGAUCCAGGUGCAUAAGCCUCGGGUAGAUGACGUUUUGGAGCGUGCUGCCAGCAUUGCCACCAUCAAAAGCCCCGAGGUUGAUUCAGUUCGUCUCCUGCUGGAGAAGCUCUCAGAGUUGUGGACGGCCCUCCAGGAAGAGACAGAGCGGCGGCAGCAACUCCUGGAUGCAACGUAUCAGGUGGAGCAGUACUACUUUGACGUAGCUGAGGUUGAAUCCUGGCUGAGCGAACAGGAGCUCUUCAUGAUGAAUGAGGAGAAGGGCAAGGAUGAACAGAGCACCCUACAGCUGCUGAAGAAGCACCUGAUGACAGAACAGACUGUUGAGAAUUAUGCAGAGACCAUUGCCCAGUUGUCACGACAAUGCCGUGCAUUGCUGGAGUUGGGCCACCCUGACAGCGAACAGAUCAGCAGGCGGCAAUCCCAAGUCGACCGGCUCUAUGUCUCCCUGAAGGACUUGGUGGAGGAGCGCAAGGCCAAGUUGGAGCAGCAGUACUGGCUCUACCAGCUCAACCGGGAAGUGGAUGAGCUAGAGCACUGGAUUGCAGAGAAGGAGGUGGUGGCAGGCUCACCAGAGCUGGGGCAGGACUACGAACAUGUGACGCUGCUGCAGGAGAAGUUCACUGAGUUUGCCAGUGAGACAGGCAGCAUUGGCAAUGAGAGGAUCUCGGCUGUCAACCAGAUGGUGGAUGAACUCAUUGACUACGGGCAUGCGGAUGCCGCCACCAUAGCCGAGUGGAAAGAUGGCGUGAAUGAGGCCUGGGCUGACCUGCUGGAGCUGAUGGAGACGCGGUCACAGAUGCUGGCGGCCUCCCAUGAAUUGCACAAGUUCUUCAAUGACUGCAAGGAUGUGCUCUCCCAGAUCGAGGAAAAGAAGCAGCGUCUGCCGGAGGUCACAGCCCGGGAGUCCAAGACCUCAGCUGGCACCUUGCAGAGGAUGCUGAACUCCUUUGAACAUGAUGUCCAGAUCCUGGUGACUCAGGUGCGGCAGCUUCAGGAGGUGGCAGCCCAGCUGCGGACAGUGUAUGCAGGUGAGAACGCUGAGGCCAUUGCCACCAAGGAGCAGGAAGUGAUGCGCUCCUGGAAAGAGCUGCUGGGCUCAUGCGAAGAUUGCCGGCUGCAGAUCACCACCACCACUGACAAGAUGCGCUUCACCAGCAUGGUCCGGGACCUCAUUUCCUGGAUGGACACCAUCAUCUGCCAGAUUGGUGCCAGCGAGAAGCCCAGGGAUGUGUCUUCAGUGGAAGUCUUGAUGAACUACCACCAGGGCCUUAAGAGUGAGAUUGAGACCCGCAACAAAAACAUUGCCGCCUGUGUGGACCUGGGCAAGACGCUGGUGCUGAACAAGAGCCCUGCCUCUGAGGAAAUCAAACUACACCUGGAAAAACUGAUGACGAAGAAGAAGGAGAUGGUGGACAAAUGGGACCGGCACUGGGAGUGGCUGCAGCAAAUGCUGGAAGUCCACCAAUUUGCCCAGGAGGCUGUUGUGGCUGACGCCUGGCUCACGGCCCAGGAGCCACUACUGAAGAGCCGGGAGCUGGGGAACAGUGUGGAUGAGGUGGAGCAGCUCAUCCGGCGCCAUGAGGCCUUCCGCAAAGCAGCUGCGGCUUGGGAGGAGCGCUUCAGCUCCCUGAGGCGUCUCACUACGAUUGAGAAGCUGAGAGCUGAGCAGAGCAAGCAACCCCCUACUCCCCUCUUGGGCCGAAAGAUCUUUGCAGACCCUGCCGAGCUCAGUGGCAAGACUUCCUCCCUCUUGCGCCAACCACUGUACGAGAAGGAUGCUCUGCGAGGUCGGAUGGAGGUCCAGCCACUUCUCAAUGGAGUCAAGCCAGAGGCCCUGGAGCGGGUGGAAGCCAAGGUGGCAUAUGUGCGCCAGGAGCUAAAGCCAGAGCGGCUGCAGCCCAAAAUUGACCGCCUGCAUGAGGGGCUAGUAGCCGUGGCAGAGGCCAAAGUCCAGGAGAAAGCAGGGGAGAUCAAGGCCGCAGUGGAGGAGGCGGUCAAGGCUCCGACCAGCGCUCUAAUGGAGCAGGUGGAGGCUAAGGUGAGUCGAGUGGAGACGCAUGUGGAGAGGCAUCGGGAGCGCUAUGAACGUCGGCUGGAGAGGCAGGAGUCAAGUGAGCAGGACGGGCCCCGGCAUGAGCAGUCGGAGCGCCGAAGGGAGAGGCGAGAGCGGAGGCUGGAGCGACAGGAGUCCAGUGAGCAGGAGACACCAAGGCGUGAAAGGCAUGAGCGGAGGCUGGAGCGGCAGGAGUCCAGCGAACAGGAGGCUCAACGCAAUGAUCCCAAAGGUGGCGGCAAGGCCACCCUCGCGGACAUUGUGGAGCAGCUCCAGGAGAAGGAGUCGACGGUGCCGGCACCAGCAGCAGCACCACCACCAUCAUCCAUGCCUCGUGAUCGGGAGUCUCCAGCCCGCUUGCUCAAUGGCCUCGACAUGUUGCCGGAGAGGACACCUCGCCCAGACCGGCCCCGUGCUCGUGACAGACCCAAGCCCCGACGGAGGCCACGGCCGAAGGACCCCAACGCACCGCCAGGGGAGGGCCGCCGAUCACGCUCAGCCCCUGCCCAGAGCAGUGCGCCACCCCCACCUCCUCCAACACACACUGUCCAGCAAGAGGGGUACCUUCUUCGCAAGCUGGAGCUGGAGGGGCCAAACAAGAAAGCCUCCAACAGGUCUUGGAUCAACCUCUAUUGUGUCCUUAGCAAAGGGGAGCUGGGCUUCUACAAGGAUUCCAAGGGACGGGAAUCCGGCAGCACACACAGCAACGAGCCCCUCCUGAAUCUGCACAACGCUACCAGCGAGGUGGCCAAUGACUACAAGAAGAAGAAGAAUGUGCUCAAGAUCAAGACCAAUGAUGGCGGUGAAUUCCUCUUGCAAGCUAAGGAUGAGGAGGAGAUGAAAACCUGGCUGACAGCUCUGACCGGCUCUAUUACGGAGCAUGCUGAUAUUGCCCGGUGGGGCCAGGCCCUGCUCACAACCUCUUCAACGGACGAAGGCAACCCUAAACGGGACCCUGACCGCCGGGCCAGUACCUCAGGCAGGAAGAAAUGAGAGAUGGCUGCUCCUCCUCUUUGGGGGUCUGGAGGCUGCAAGAAGAUGCCCCAGUGUCUAAGCCAGCCACUCUGUGCCCACAGACUCCCAUGACCGCAAGAACUGCCUUUGCCAGAGAGCAUUUCAGUGCACAGGGAGGACUUUGGGAAGGGGGGCAUCCAAGGCCUGGCUCCAGAAUCAUCCACAAAAGCCGAAGCCCCUAAGGAGAAAAUGGGAGCCAAGCUGGCCCUAAAGAGGGAGCUGCCUUGUCUGCUCCGCACUUCAAGUUCGGUGCCUGGUUGAACCAGACAGAACUGUGCAAACAGUGAAUGGGAUGGGAGGGUGUGGAAGGGACUGGAAGGCCUCCACCUCUGCUGUACCUGCCAAGAUCAACAGGGAACUAGAACCAAGUGGGUGGCCUUCUUUGCCCAGUCUUGGUCGCCAAGAAGUACCAGGCGCUUUCUUGGGUCUCAUUUCCUGGUUUAACACUCAGCUGUACAUUUUCAUCUGAACCCCAGCACCUGAGCCAGAAGGAUCCAUGCGCUCUUUUACUCCACCCCUUCUCUGAAAUUUUUGCAUCUGCCCAGAGUUUGGCAACCUCUCCCUGAGCCCUUGAGGGAGGUGAUGGGGACAGCCAGCUUAAGGGGGCUGGGGAGAGGGAUGGUGGAGGAAAGAUGCACUUUGGUUUCUUCUGUUUUCUCUGGGAACACUGAGAGGAAGCCUUGGGGAGCCCUGCAGGGCAGCCCCCCCUCCCUUCCCUUCUUCCAGCUUCAUGUCUUCCGAUCAGCUGCAGAACCUCCAUGAAAUGGUGCUGCUGUGGGGGCAACAUAUUCCUUGAGCAGUGGGCGUGCGUGCGUGUUUGGGACCUCUUGCUUGGGCACUACCCCAAAUCCCUAUGCCUGUGUGUCCCGCUCCCCAUCUGUUUGUCUGCAUCCAAAUUCAUAGGUACUUCUUUUGACAGGAUGCAUUACUCAAAGGUAAAAUGGUCACACAGCCCCCCACAUCACCACCACUGUAGGAAGGAAGGGUCUGUUGUGGGCUUGUGCAUAGGUGAAGGAAGGAGUGUCAACCCAAUCCCUUUUCAUUGAUGUUCAUGUCUCGAUCAGAUGCUGCCUCACCUUUGCAGCCAUGUCUGUCUGUCCCCCUCUGAUGCCUCUCUCCCUGUGUGCUCCCCCCCUUAGUAGCCUUUGCAUCUCUCUCACUCCAUUGCUUUGAUUGCCUCUCUGGUUAAAUCUACUGUUAUGACCCCCUCAGGGAUGCAAAAACUGCAAAAAGGGAAGGGGAAUGGUGUGUGUGUGCCUGGGAUAAGUAGCUUUCUCUACAGGCCUCCAAAACAUCAGGCACUCUCAAGAGUUCUGCUGCCCCCCAAGGAAUGGCACCUUGGAGCUUGACACAGAGCUUGGGACAGAGCAACAUCUUGGAGCCAGAGGUGGUUCAUCACAACACCAGGCAGCACUCAGACAUUGGAGCACAAGGUCAUGUAGCAGCAGCACAAGAGAGGGGUAGGCACAGCUUUGCCACUGUUGUUAACAAGCCAUAAUCCCCACCAUUUCUCCUGCAACGAAGGAGGGGCUCACCUGUUUUGGCACAGAGAUGUAUUUUUAUGCAAUAAAAUGGCAGGCGAGCCGGAGAUGACAUAGGAGCAUGGCAAAGCAUGGAAACUGCACCUGGAUACGUGACAGCAGCAAAGCACCAGCUGCCUCCAGGCGCACCCUCCACCAGGCCCGGGGCUUCAGGCAGAGCAUUUGGCUGUGAGGGGCAAGGAGAGCUUUGGUGUGCCUGUUUGCAGACUUGCCCUUCCAAAACUGUCCAGUCCUUGGAUUUGCGACAGUGGAGAGAGCACAUGUUGGGCAACCUGCUCCAGGCAGGACAAAGUCCAAGGCAGCCUGAGAUAGUGGUGGCAUCAUUUGGGGAUGGGAGGUUUCUGCAGCCUCUCCUGAUGGGAUCUGACAAGAUGUGUGCCCUCAGCCCCAGGUUGGAUGCCCUGAGGUCUCCUGGUCUCCUUUCUCCUCUUACCCAGUUCUUGCCACUCCUUGGAGAGAGGAAAUUAGCAGACCUCCUAAACUGAGAUGUUUGAAGGCCCACAACAAAGUCUAGAUGCAAAACCUCAUGCCCUUCUCUAGUGUCUUUUCCCUGGACAGUAAAACACAUCUUUCAUCUUCUUUAUGACCAUGCAGUUACAGUGGAGCAUGGAUAUGUACGUUCAGCACCCUAUGUGUUGGAACCACAUAUUUUGAGCACUGAACAUGUUCAGUAGCUGUACUUUUAUGUCCUCCUCCAACUCCCAUCUGCUUCCACCACACACUGGUGCCUCUUGACAAACAUGAACUGCAGAAUUGCAGAUUGGGGAAUAGCACAGAUCUUUAACAUGCUCUCUGGUGAUCUUGGAAAUAAAACGAACCAUGUCGAAAGGGUUCAGCUGCCACUGAGGCUCAGCAGGCUUUGCCCUAAAGCCUCGGUCCCCAGGAUGUGGUUUAGGGUUGAUCCUCAGCCCUAAGUCCAGCUGCAUGCUUGAUCAGCGAGGGACCAGUGAACUAGCUAUAAGGCCUGGUGGAGCUUAGAUUUAAUCCUUGCUCUUGUAGUCUGGGGCAGCUUCUUCCAGCAGUAUUCCAUGUGUCCAAUAUGGGACCUGGCCUUAUCCAGCCUCCCUUGUACCAGGUGUAGUUUCCACAGUGCUCUCCUGAAGCUAGUGCAGAUUCAUCUGUUAACGCUUCCGCACCCCCCCGCCUUCCUUGAUUGUUCAGAAGCCUGUAAAAUACUGUAAUUGCUUUAAAUAAGUUUUUUUCUCUCCUUUCUUUUUGUCUUGUAUAGAAAAAGAACCACCAAAAUUGGAGCAUUUGGGGUUGCAUUUCUCUCUUUCUCUUUGGCUGUAAAUCUUUCUGAAGAUUUGUGUUUUUCAAACAGAGACCAAUUUGUAAAGAUUUUA